AUGAAAGUCGUUCGAAAACAUAAUACACCUAGUUGUGCUGCAGCCAUUGUCUUCACAUGUUUUGGUGCUGCUUAUGGUACUGCUAAAUCAGGUGUUGGUAUUUGUGCCACUUCUGUUUUAAGACCAGAUUUAUUAGUUAAAAACAUUGUUCCAGUUAUUAUGGCUGGUAUUAUUGCCAUUUAUGGUUUAGUUGUUUCAGUUUUAGUCUCUGAUUCUUUAAAACAACAACAAGCUUUAUACACUGGUUUUAUUCAAUUGGGUGCUGGUUUAUCCGUUGGUUUAUCAGGUUUAGCUGCUGGUUUUGCCAUUGGUAUUGUUGGUGAUGCUGGUGUUCGUGGUACUGCUCAACAACCAAGAUUAUUCGUUGGUAUGAUUUUAAUUUUAAUUUUCGCUGAAGUUUUAGGUUUAUAUGGUUUAAUUGUUGCCUUAUUAUUAAACUCUCGUGCUACUCAAGAUGUUAUCUGUUAA